CCCCUAUUUCCCUCUGAUGUAUAAAGCACACCCAGAUUUCUGCUACCGCUGCGCCAUCGAUGACUCGGCUCUUGACGACACCGCUUUUCUCCCCGUCUAAAACACAGGUUUCAGCGGCAUCAUUGCUCCGGAUUCUGAACGGACAUCAUAGACGCCCUCUUUAUCAGUUCAGCGAGAUGUCACAAGAUCAUGUACGUUCAUCCUCAACUACUGGCUCUGUUUCCGGGGUUAGAACGUUUUGCUCCCUCGAUGAUUUAUCAGCCAAGAAGUGUGUGCCAUGCAAUGCAAAGGAUCUGCGUCCCAUGACUGAAGAAAGUGCAAACAACCUACUUCAAAAGGUUGCUGGAUGGGAUUUGGCUGAUGAAAGUGGUGCGUUAAAGCUACAUCGAUCAUGGAAAGUGAAAAGUUUCGUUAAAGGACUGGAUUUCUUCAAACGGGUAGCUGAUAUCGCCGAAGCAGAAGGUCACCACCCAGAUUUGCAUCUGGUUGGCUGGAACAAUGUAAAAAUCGAGAUAUGGACACAUGCAGUAGGUGGUCUAACGGAGAAUGACUUCAUUCUGGCUGCUAAGAUCAACGAGCUUGAUAUGGAAGAUCUUCUGAGGAAGAAGAGAAGCACCGCCAAGUGAACACAGUCAAUUUCAGACAUGGAAGCUUUUAAGAGGAGGCGACUGAAUCUUGUCUUCAAUAAGCAUAUAAUCUUAGCUCAUGUGAUGGACUCGUUAUAUCACCCCACAUGAUAUGUAUAUAAAUGGAGUGCCCUUUUUUCUUCUUUUAAGUUUUUGAAUCGGGUCGAAGCCCUAUGUUCUUGUUUUUUGGAGUGAAUGACUGUUAAGGAAUGAAGAAUUUUAUUGCAGAGACAA